AUGAAGAAACUGGUCAUUGCAGCCGUCGUCGCAAUUGCCUCCCAGGCCUUCGCCGAGCCGCUGCCUUACAAGCCUGCCAAGGCCUUCCUCUCCGCGCGCGAGAUCUUUGGACUGGAUCGCCGCGACACUGAUGUUUACCAUCCGAAGCAGUCGAUCUGUGGAGUAGCCGCUACAUGCUCCGAAGCCUGUGGCACCUCAUUCGCACAAUGCGCAUCUACCGAUAACCAGAUGCACUGUUACGACUCUGGCGCGAACGAGGCAUGCUGUCCAGAUGGCACCGGCAACUCAUGCCAGGCAGGUUACUACUGCGCUGCCGACUCGGCCGGUCAAACCGUCUGCUGUCCCGAGGGUUCGGACCUGGCGACAUGCGCUUCCACGUAUUCAGUCGCAGGUGGCCUUCAUUUCGAGACCAAGACUCCGACCUCCACUGUCUCUAGCACCAGCUCUGCUAGCGCUAGCUCGUCAACAUCGUCUUCUUCCUUGACCAGCGCCCCAGCAUCGGCUACCGGCGGUGUCUUCUUCGAGACCGGAAACUCUACAUCAGCUUCUGCGGCGUCUGGUACUGGUGCUGGAGGCAGCGGCUCCGCGACCAAAACUACUGGCGCAGCCGGCUCCAGUGCCGCAUCCGCAACUGGUUCGACCACCAACGGCGCAGACACUGCCAGCCCUGCUGGUGUGCUGGCAUUGUUCGGUGCUGCCGCCCUCGCUGCGUUCCUGUAG